AUGGAUCAGGUGCACGUGAAAUCGUCGAGAUCGACCUCGAGGAGCAAUCCGGCGAAAAUGGCGUGCGAGAAGGCGAGCAGACGGCUCAGGACGAUUCUGGUGAAGGCGUCCCGUCUUGGCGUCUCGACGACCGAAGUUGCCAAGUUACCCAGCGCCAAGAAGCUCAUUCCGCAGAGAGAUCACGGAUGGAAGUUGGCGGUGUUCCUCCUGGUGAUGUUCGGCGGCGGCGUGAUCGUCGCGCUGGCCUGCACAGCGAGGAAAGGCUGCUCGAAGCUGGAGGAGAUCGUAAGUAACACAUUUCCAGCGAAUAUCUCCUAAUCGGAAACGUCCGAGUCAGUUCAGUUUCACUCCGUCCUGACGACGAGUGAAAUUGAAAUUUCUGCGAUUCUUGGUAAAGUUCAGAUGAUCCUGUAUUGUAUUUUAUUUUUUUAAACUUCGAAAUCGACGUCCUUGAUGGGCAAUUUCCUUUGCCUGUUGAGAAUAUCGGUUUUUAAGAUUUUCCCACAAAAUUCAUAGAUGUGAAAUCGGUAUACAAAUUCAGUGUUGCUAUAAUUAAUGUGGAAUUAAUUUCAGCGUCGUUCGAUGAAUGUAGCAUAG